UAAAAAUAAAACCAUUCCCAUACCAAAAAAUCAGUUGUUACAAUCAAUCACAAUCACAUAAAUGAACGUAAAAUUACAUAAAUGAAAAAAAAAAAAUGAAUAUAAGCGAUUUAUACUAAGAAAUUCGUUUUUAGAGGUUAAAUUCUUUGUCUUAAUUGUUCAAUAAGAGUAUUAGUAUUAAAUUAUUAGGCAUAGGUCAUAGGUCGUCUUUGUGGAGUCAUACUUUAUGAUAAAGUCAUAGUCAUAGGCAUAGUGAAAAAAUAAUAGUAAUAGUAUGCAUAGGUGUUUUACAAAUUCCUCUACUUCCAUAAGUCGUAGACUGAGUAUCUCACUGACUCUGUUUUUCCUGAAGCUGUUAUUCAGUGAUAGUGUCAUUAAUGUUGAGUUUUCAGAUAGCAGAAUAUUUAUUUUGAAAUUAUCAGGAUAUUCACUAUUCACAAUCAAUAUCAUGACAAUGAUUUCAGUUAGUCACAGGUUGCAUGGAUCUGUUGUAGCAAAAUGGCUCUUAAGUCUUAAGUCUUAAGAUUCACAUGACAUGACAUAGAAAUAGUAAGUGAAAAACUAUAUAACAAUGAUGAACGAUAAAAAAUUUAAUUAAGAACACAUUUAUUUGAUUCUUGACUUAUUCUUUUGGUUUUUAAGCAUGGUUUAUUUUCUCCCACAAAUUAGAGAAUAAAACUAAAUAGUAUCAAACUCAUGCAAAUGCAUCAUUCAUUAUUGGAUUAUUCAUGUGUAUUUUAAGGCCGCAUUGCUGCUUCAUUUUUCAAAUGGGUAAUUUUGUAUUUUAUUUAAAUAAAUGUAUUUAGCCAAAAAGUGGUGUAACUAGCAACACCAUUCCCCCAACCGUUGCACAGAUGCCAGUAUAUGGAUGCAGCAAGGAACACUACCAGAACCAGAAAUAAUAUUAAGCCUAUAUUUUAUAUAAAAUGAUAUUAAUUAUAAUUUAUUUUAUAAUAAUUUUAUUGUCAUUGGUUUAAACUUUUAAUACUUAUAACUUAUACUGGUACCGGUACUUUAAUUUUAAUUAACUUAAAAAAAUACUGGGAUUGGGAUUCAUAACUGCAGUGCGGCACCUCCUGUCAAUUUUAAAAGAUUUCUAGCACACUGCUAUCGCAUUUAGAUUUCAAAACAUUAGUCUUGCACCACCCAUGAGAAAAAUGCUGAUAAAAUUGAAAAUUAAGUAUAAACUGGAUUUAAACCGGAUUUUCUGGGUCUUCCAGCACCCCUGAAACCACCUUCCUGGUUAAGAACCACUGCUUAAAUAGCAUCUGGGUAGGGCAUAAGUGCCAGUGGUUCCCAAACUGAGCACCCUCUUCUUGACAUCAGGCUUAUCAGCAUCUUACUGUAUACUGUAUUAGCUUUUCCAAUGUACACUGGGACCUUGGAAUCCGUAAGAAAAAUUCCACUUAAUUUUUACUCAAUAUCGAAAAGCUGCUUAAGCUUUGGAAUCCGAAUGUCCAGCAUGUUGUUCAUUUUUUUAUUGUUUGUAAAUAUUCUCAGCGCUCUGGCUACUCGUAAGCUUUGUCUUUCACUUCCUUGUCAGAAACUUUACUGAAAGCCUUUCUUUUGAUUUUCACUGCCAAUUUUAUGCUUUUUACCGCCUCUUUUAUAUUGUUUACAUAUAUAAUAAAAACUAGGUGUAUUCAACAUGGGCCUUAAAUAGAGGAAAAUAAGAGUAAGAGGAAAUCUUUUGGAGAUACAUUUGAAGUUAGAAAUAUCUCAUCACUAAGAAUGAAAGCAGUACCCGGUACACAUAUAGCUGAUCUCACUAUGUUUGGGCAUUAUGGUAGCUAGGGUUAGUGACUACCUGGGUGUUGGGAGAAUUUUUAACACCCCAAGGCCAAGAACGUUUAUUAAUAUUUAUAUUUAAUCACCGCACAUGAUUUUUUUGUGAGUCAAUGGUGAAACGUCAUCACACAUCACAUUUCUGAACUUAAAUUCAGCUUAGAUUCAAAUAUUCAUAACAUUUUUAUGUACCGGUAAUUUUUAAAAAGAGGAAAAGCUGAUGCAUACCGUAUUAAAAUAAUGCAACAGGAUUACCCUUUCCUAAAAAUGUUUUUAUGUAACUAGGAUAAAAUGUUUUUUGGAUUUAUCUGUGGCGCCAGGAUUGCAGAUCGGAAAUUAAAGAUCAUUUGCAUUUUCAGAGUCGGGAGUUUAGUGCUGCUUCAGCUUUUGGUUCAUAAUAGUAACUUUUUAAUAAUAUAUGUUGAGCUCCUGAGAGGCCCAUGCACCUAGAUAUUUUUGAGAUCCCUGGUAGAUUCUUUAAAAAUGCCACAUAACUCAUAAUAACUGUACUGUUUAAGUGAUUUAAAUUAAUUAAAACAGCAUUACCCAAGUACUGUACGAGGUUGUAAUGAAAGCAAAAUACGAGGUCACGAAAAAAACCUUGCUGUUAUAAUGUUGGGUUUUGUUUUACCGACAUGGAUCCAGUCUGCUGAUUCAGUAUCCACCCUGCCCAUUCAGUAUCCACCCUGCCCAUUCAGUAUCCACCCUGCCCAUUCAGUAUCCACCCUGCCCAUUCAGUAUCCACCCUGCCCAUUCAGUAUCCAGUGAGAACAGAGCCUACUGAACUGAAAAUGUUUUAUUUGAUAAUUGGGUAAAGAAACUGCAGGACAAAUGAUUUCUUCAUAAAUAAAUAGAAAUAAUUAAAGCUACUGUAACAAAAAAUAUAAAGUUUUAAAAUUAUUCUUAGAGCUGUAAGUUAGGUCUGGAUUUACUCUUAAAUUAAAAAGGCCAAAAUUAUUAAAUAUGUAUCAUGCAAUAGAUUGAUGUGAAAAUAAAUUCUAUUUUACCAGUGUCUCUUACUUAUCUAUUUCUUCAAUAAUUUAAAGGCAUACUGGUAUACGUUUCCAAGUUUUACGUAAUUUCUGUAUACUUUAAAAAAAAUAAGAGCCUUAAAAUUGUAUGAUGUUUGAGGGCUCAAUAAGCCUAAAUCAUACCCAGUCAGCAGCGGAGUAAAACAAGGUUGUGUACUGGCACCAACGCUCUUAUCCAUUUUCUUCUCGAUGCUCCUUCAAUUUGCCUUCCAGAGACUGUGAAGAUGGAGUGUAAAUCCAUACCAGAUCUGAUGGUAGGCUGUUCAAUAUCGCCCGCCUUUGGUCAAAGACCAAGGUAAAAAAGAUACUAAUUUGUGAACUGCUAUUCGCUGAUGAUGCCGCCUUAACAUCUCACACUGAUGAAGGUCUUCAGUGACUAGUUAAUCGUCUAUCACACGCUUGUAAAGAGUUUGGACUGUCAAUUAGUCUACAGAAACACAUGUAAUGAUGCAAGAAGCACCGUCUCCUCUAAAAAUUUAUAUAGAAGGCCAUAAUCAGUUGGUUGUUGAGCAUUUAACAUACUUUGGAUCCAAUAUUUCUAGUUCUCUCUCUGUUGAUGAAGAGAUAAACAUCAGGAUCGCAAAAGCAGCAGCAACUAUGCCUAAACUGAUUAAGCUGGUGUGGAAUAAUCUCAAUCUAACUUAAAAAAACAAAACUAAGUGUCUAUGUAUGCUCCUAUAUGGCAGUGAAGUAUUGACCACAUAUACCAGUCAUGAGCAGAAACUCAACAGCUUCCAUCAAAGAUGUCUGCAUCACAUUUGACAUAUUCGAUGGCAGGACAAGGUGCAGAGGUUUUAAAUAUUUGGCAUAUUCUCAGUUUUUAGCAAGAGGUGCCUUCGCUGGUUAGGCCAUGUAUUGUAAGGAGAAUGGAGGAAAGCCAUAUCCCAGAGAUGCUGCUGUAUGGAAAGUUGGCAGAAGGGACAAGACUUACUUGAUGGCCAUGCCUGAGAUUUAUGGACUUUUCCAAAAAGAGCAUGAGGGAAGCCAACAUUGAAAUCAACGAAUGGGAGAUCAUUUCCAAACAAUGUUCCAGCUUGCAAAUAGUGUAUGAAAGAGUCUAAAAGGCGGAAGAUGAAAAAAACGAACCCCUUGCAACAAAUUUGGAAGGCCAAAUCUAACCAGGAAUCAAUAUUCUCCUGCGAGAAAUACAGUUGAGUUAGCCAUUCCAGUUUGGCCUAGUGAGCCACUCGUCGAAGUGUAGGUAACUACUCCAUCAUCCCGAGAAGACAGAAGGAUGCCAUAUAUAUAAUUUUUAAAAUUAUAGGCUUACACUUACACAGUAAUUUAAGAACUUAAGUUAAUAAUUACAAUAGCAAUGUAUUUUAAAAGUAAAAGGUUACUUCAUAAAGAUGAAAUGCAAUUUACUUUAGGCCUAUACUAUUAACUUAAUAGAUAAUUGGUACAUGGUACCAUAUAGGGUUUUGAGAAAUUUGAAACUUAUGAUUGGUUUUCUUUGUCUUAUCUCAUUGUUUCAGAUGAAAGAAUAUUAUUUAUAUACAUUUUUGCUUGGAGCUGUUGCACUAAUUGCUGUGUUGUAUCAGUAUCACAGUAGUGACAGUAAGUAAUCUUUAUAAAUUAUAGCCUACAUUUUUUAAUAUCCCAUCAAUAACAAGAACUGAUCUAUCUUUGUUUUUUAAAAUUUAAGCUUCAAUGAAAGCUUUAGCUAUAAUAAAUUGCCAUGCCUACUAAUACAAUUUUUAUAACCUUUUCUAUAACCAUGUUGAUUUUGGCAAUGUCUAUUUGUCUAUUUUAUGUUAUUUUAAUGAAAAAUUCACUACAUCUUCAAGAGCUCUAAUUUGAAUCCCUGCAUAGUAUAUCAACAUUUGAUAUUUCCUUAAAAAUGUCAAUUAGAAAUUUUAACCUUUUAGUUUUUAAAAUUGAAAACAAAUCUGUGGAUGAAAAUAAUUAUUUUGCGUGCAUUUGGCUCCUUUAUCAUUUUUGCUAAGGUAUAUUAACAAUGUCUUUUGCUUAUUUUUUUUUUUUUUAGAUUUGUCCUCUGAGAUUGUAAUUGAUGUAAAGCAAAGAAACAAUUGUUCUUUCGGUAGCUUUCUCCUAACUGGCAUGUCCUUUUGUCAUCAUUGGUUAACAUGUUCAGAUAUUUUUAGGGAAGUCACAGACACGCAGUUACUUCUUGGAGAAGGCACACAAAAAAUAGUAGGUAUUUUCAAACACUGAAUGUAACUCAAGUUUUGUAUUUACAAGUUGUGUUCAGUGUAGGAUUGAAUGAUUUUUUACUGUGAGUUGUGCCCAGUGUUGGCUUGAAUGUUUGUUUACUGUGAGUUGUGCCCAAUGUUUGAUUGAAUGUUUGUUUGCUGUGUGUUGUGCCCAAUGUUGGCUUGAAUGUUUGUUUACUGUGAGUUGUGCCCAGUGUUGGCUUGAAUGUUUGUUUACUGUGAGUCCUGCCCAAUGUUUGAUUGAAUGUUUGUUUGCUGUGAGUUGUGCCCAAUGUUUGAUUGAAUGUUUGUUUACUGUGUGUUGUGCCCAAUGUUUGAUUGAAUGUUUUUUUGCUGUGAGUUGUGCCCAAUGUUUGAUUGAAUGAUUGUUUACUGUGAGUUGUGCCCAAUGUUUGAUUGAAUGUGUUUUCUGUGAGUUGUACCCAAUGUUGGCUUAAAUGUUUGUUUGCUAUGAGUUGUGCCCAAUGUUUGAUUGAAAUUUUUGUUUACUGUGAGUUGUGCCCAAUGUUUGAUUGAAUUUUUUUUUGCUGUGAGUUGUGCCCAAUGUUUGAUUGAAUGAUUGUUUACUGUGAGUUGUGCCCAAUGUUUGAUUGAAUGUGUUUUCUGUGAGUUUGGGCUCAAUGUUGGCUUGAAUGUUUGUUUGCUGUGAGUUGUGCCCAAAGUUUGAUGGAAUGUUUGUUUACUGUGAAUUGUGCUCAGUGUUGGAUUUAAGUAUACAUCUAAUUUUAUUCUUGUAUUACUGUGCAUAAAAAUAAUAGAAAUGAAAGUCUAUUUAAUUUUAUCACUACUUAUAUGAUACACUCACCAUAUCUUGCUACGGUAUUUGUAAGUGACACACCUUAUCUUGCUACUUGUAUGAUACACACAUCUUAUCUUGAUACUUAUAUUUAUAUAAUAGAAUUAUAUUUUCAUAUCCUUAUACAUAAACACAAAUUCCAUCAUAUACCGGUACACAAGAUUUAUGUCUAUUAUUAUGGAGUUUGUUCUUGCUGUUAAUUAAUGAUUUUUGUGUACACAGGUUAGAGAAGGCGUUUGGCGUGGCCAUGCAGUUGCUCUCAAUUAUCUCAAGACAGAUUUCUAUGUAAUGGAUUUCAAGAAUGACUUGAAGCUGUUGUCUUAUUUCAGUAAGGAACCAAAGGUCAAUCAGCUCAUUGGAUGGUGUAUUGAGGACCUUGAGUUUCCUAUUAUCAUCACUGAAAAACAUCCUUUAGGUUCGCCUAAUAAGUUGGAGAAUUUGUUUGAAAAAUUUCCUAAUUUAAAUACAAUUACAUUCAGAUUUAUGCUGUGUGUGCAAUAUUUAGAGAUUCUAGCUUUUCUCCACACUUCUACUGAAGGACCAUUUGUUAUGUGUGACUCUAACGACCCUGAAAAAGCUUUAAGUCAGUUGUUGCUUACAAACAAUUUGACUUUGGUUAUAAACGACAUGGACGCAGUACCACAAGUCAUCAGACAUAAUGGGACAUUGAUAAAGUGCGGUCAUGCUCAACUCUUUGGGGAUUUGGUAGCACCUGAACAGUUAUGGCCCUUUGAGAACCUGCCAUUCAAUGAUACAGCAAUGCAUUCUUAUGAUGAAAAAGUUGAUAUUUGGAAAAUUCCCGAUGUGUGUAACUAUCUCAUUGGCAAUGGUCCAGGCAGCAGCAUUCUCAAGUUACACUUAUUCAAUAUUCAUUCAAAGUGUAAGGAGACUGACCCCAUCAAACGUCCAACUGUAGAGACAGUGUUAGAAUCAUAUCUAAGUAUUAAAAAGAUGUUAGAAAAGAAUUUCAUAAAGAUAAGUUAGCAUUUUUAGCCCCAGUGCCCGGGUGACUGACACAAGUAUGAAAAAAUGUCAAAGUUUGGCAGUUUACUCUUGUUUGUUCCAUUUCCGAUCAUUGUUAAAUGCAAGAUCAGUGUCCACUAGAACAAGGUGCCAUCAUAGCGACUUGUGUGGAUUUCCAUUAGAUCAGGGGUCUCAAACUCAAAUCAUUUCCGAUAAUUGUUUAAUACAAGAUCAGGGUCCACUAGAACAAGCUGCCAUCAUAGCGACUUGAGUGGAUUUGCAUUAGAUCAGGGGUCUCAAACUCAAAUUAUCCGAGGGCUGCAGGAGGUAGUCUGAGUGAGACUGGGCCGCAUCAAGUAUUCCACAAAGAAAUGAUUACAAAUUCAAUAAAGUACAACUGUUACAAUCUGCUCAACAUUUAUUAAUAAAAAAAAUACAAACAUUAAGGGUUCUCAAUAACUAGGCUUUACUUUUUUCCUCCUACUCCUUGUUACCAUUUACGCAAUUAUGGUUGUGCAUUACCCGCUAACUGACUUUGUAAAUUUUAGAUAUGUAUGUAUAGGCUAUAACGGUACAAUAUUCGAAGCGUGUUUUAUCAAAACUGCACUUUGGCCAUGUUUGUCUCAUAAAAGGCUAUAAAAUAAUAACUUUUAGUCUAUUUUAAAAUGUUUUUUACCAUUAUAAUUAUAAUCAACGUCAAAACCUCUACAAACAUAAUUAAAAUCAGAAUUAGGCUAGUCAGGGAGAUUCGACUGAAACCGUCGCGGAAGUUCUCAUUAUAGAUACGAGAAUGGGGGAAAGUACUAGUUCCUAAUUUUAAAGCAUCAUGAUAUUAAUUUGUUUAAAUUAAUGCGCUACCCUGAUUGAAAAGUUGGUGUGAUGUUAG